AGGGAGGGAGGGGGAGGGGGGUACGAGCGAGGUGGGGGAAGCGGAGAAAGGACGAAAGGAGAAGAAGGAAGAAAGGAAAAACAGAGCACGGGGCGACGCCGUCGUCCUUCCUUGCCGGUGCGGUGCGCUCUUCUCUUCUUCCUUGUCGGUACAACGGUGCGCCCUUUUUACGAGUCGGUGCGAUGUGCCCUCCCUGGUCGGUACGACGCGGCGCGCCCACCUUCCUCGUCGGUGCGGUGCGGUGCGACCUCCUCCUGGUCGGUAUGGGGCGCGCGCUCCUUCCUCGUCGGUGUGCCCACCCGCUUUCCUGGUCGGUACGACGCGCCUUCCCUCCUAGUCGGUACGACGGUGCGGCCUACUCCCGGUCGGUGCGGUGCGAUGCGCCAUUUUCCUCGUCGGUACGACGGGGCGCCCUUCUUCCUGGUCAGUAGGACGCUGCCCUUCUCGCCUCUCAUCCUCCUCGCCCUUUC